UCUUCUUCUUUUUCUUCUUGUUUGUGGGUUGGCAAUGGCUGUUUCUGUUGACCCUCUUGUUGUUGGAAGGGUUAUUGGUGAUGUUGUUGACAUGUUUGUUCCGAGUGUGAACAUGUCUGUUUACUAUGGCGCUAAGCAUGUGACUAAUGGGUGUGACAUCAAGCCAUCCAUGGCUAUCAAUCCCCCUAAGAUCACUAUCACUGGCCAUUCUGAUGAGCUUUAUGCUCUGGUGAUGAUUGAUCCAGACGCACCCAGCCCCAGCGAACCCAGCAUGCGAGAAUGGGUUCACUGGAUCGCCGUGGACAUUCCUGGUGGCACUAACCCAACCAAAGGGAAAGAGAUUCUGCCAUACGUGGGUCCACGUCCUCCAGUUGGCAUUCAUCGCUUCAUCAUGGUGCUGUUUCAGCAGAAGGCUCCAUUAGGGGUGGUGGAGCAGCCAGCGUCUCGUGCAAACUUCAACACUCGGCUUUUUGCAAGGCAUUUGGAUCUGGGUCUCCCUGUGGCUACUAUUUACUUUAACUCUCAGAAGGAGCCAGCAAGCCGUAGGCGUUGAGCAUGCACGGAGAAGUAGUACAGGAAGACAAGUUAGAGUCAGCGAUGGAGGCAGCCAGAGAGUUGUGGAGUGGCCUAGUGGCUUCCAAGUGUUGUCGUUUUAAUUAGUUUUUAUUAUUAGUGCAAGCCGUGACGUGUCUAGUUAAUGUUAAAGCCGUUUGUUGCCUUUGCAAAGUUCAUGUAAGCUG